CGUGUCCUUCUUGGUUCAGCUCCUACUCACCUUUUUCUUUCCUAAUUCCUACACUGAACCAGAGUCUUCUGGAGUGCGACUGAAAGGAAGCGCCAUGGUCGCGGACCUCCUCACUAACCCUUAAGAGAAUCCGCUCUCACUGCACAACAAACAUGUAUUGCUGUUUCGCCCCCUUUUCUGCUCUCCAUUGCUCAAUCUGUAGCCACCUCUCCCACCGAAGAUCCUUAAUCGGAGCCAACCACACCUCCGCUCGCUUCUGCUCUCGCUAACCUCAUCAUCUCUAUCUCUCUCUCUCUCUCUAGUGCCUUCGAUUUUGCGGGUUUUUUAUUUUAUUUUUUGAGAUAGGGUGCAACAUUAGCAGUCAUGGAGCCUGCCACAGGCAAGCCCGGCUCCCUAAGGAGCAUUCUGGUCCGGUUGCUCUUGUUCGGUGUUCUCAUCAUUGUCGUUCGAUUCGCCUACGUUGUUACGAUUACCGGCGAGUCGUGUAAGGUCGUCGACUUUUGCUUCUUCUCCUUGCCGGAGACUUUCAAUGUCAUUAUCUCCGGUGCCGGCCUUGGAGCCUCUGCUAUUGCUGCUAACGGCGCCACACAGACGACCAACGGGUCGGAUCUCUACACCAGCAAGGGUUGGAUAAAGGCCGUCAAUUUCUACUCCUCGGUCUUCCAGGAUCUGAUAUCUGAAGGCUACCUAUCGGAGGACUCGAAGUCCCUGUGCGUACAGACCCCUACCGGACAGGACGUCUACGCUCUGAAACAGGUUGGGGUUGAGGACUCGAUUGGAAUUUUCAAGAAAGCGUCACGGCCUUUGGUAAUUAAGGCCCUUCCUAACCGAGUCCCAUUCGACGACAAUACCUUCGACUUCGUGUUCUCCGGUGGGGGUCGUCUUGACCAGGUGUCUCGGCCGUUGGAGUUGGCGUCCGAGAUCGAACGGACGCUGAAACCCGAAGGGUUUGCGGUGGUCCACAUUGAAGCCAAAGAUUCGUAUAGUUUGAAUUCUUUCCUUGAGUUAUUCAACUCUUGCAAGUUAAUCAAAUCCCACGAUAUAGACGGCCUUGAUUCGUUGAUGCCUUAUAUACGCGAAAUUGUCCUGAAAAAGGAGAUUGAAAUACUUGGCCUUCGAGGGGAUGAGAAACCCAAACCCAAUGACGAUUCGGAGACUAAGUGCUGGGUUCCGGAGCAUAAGCAAGAACUAGUUCAGAACGCGGAGCCGUUGAUCAUGGAAGAGCCGUUGAAGCCGUGGAUCACGUUGAAGAGGAACAUAAGGAAUAUAAAAUAUCUAACGUCAAUGGCUGAUAUUAGCUUUAAGAAUAGGUAUGUGUAUGUGGAUGUUGGGGCUAGAAGUUAUGGGUCUAGCAUUGGAAGUUGGUUCAAGAAGCAAUACCCAAAACAGAAUAAGAUCUUUGAAGUAUAUGCCGUCGAAGCUGAUAAGGCAUUUCACGAAGAAUAUAGCUUGAAGAAAGCGGUUAGGCUGUUGCCUUACGCUGCGUGGGUGAGGAAUGAGACAUUGUUGUUUGAGAUUAAUCGAGACCUGGGCAAGAAUGGCAAUCAUAAUAGUAGAGGAAUGGGAAGGAUUCAACCCUCUGGUGGUGGUGGUAAUAAUGGUGGGGAUGUGAAUAUGAUUCAGGGGUUUGAUUUCGCGAAUUGGUUGAAGAACACGGUGACAGAGAGGGACUUUGUGGUGAUGAAGAUGGACGUCGAAGGGACCGAAUUCGAUUUGAUUCCGAGGUUGUUUGAGACCGGGGCGAUCUGCUUGAUUGAUGAGAUAUUUCUCGAGUGUCAUUACAAUAGGUGGCAGAGAUGUUGCCCUGGUCAGAGGAGUUCCAAAUAUGAGAAAACUUAUGGCCAGUGCUUGGAGCUGUUUACUUCGCUCAGGCAAAGUGGAGUUCUUGUUCAUCAAUGGUGGUAGCCGUUCCAAUAUAUGGCAGGCAAUGCGUGUGAUGCUGCAGAAUCUGACCAGUGAUAAGGAAGCUCAAGAAUGGUGCAACUGAAGUAGUAGUACAGAUGUGGUAUUGAGUUUAAAAAAAGAUAUGUAUAUGGAUGGAGUCACAAGUAACAAGCCACAUGUACAAUAGCUUCUACUCGAGUCCAAAUCUGGACGUCAUCUUACUCUUGGAAUUUACUAUCAUGAUUAGGUAUCUAGGAUUGUUCACCCGACCUGACCUGAAACCAGCAAUUCCGACCCGACCCGCUACAGUGCACUUCCGCUUAGCCGUUUACCCGAUACUCGACCUGAAGCUGAUUUCGGAAUUACCCGGUUAUUCCCAUU